UUGAAUUGGAAUUGAACUCUCUCUCUCUCUCUCUCUCUCUCUCUCUCUCUCUCUCUCUCUUCUAUAGGUGUGAGCUUCAGUACUCGAGUCUCAGGUGGCUCCUAAAUCUCGUGAGCAGAGGAUAUUGUAACAUAUGAACUUGAGUUAUGGAGGUCUCCAUUAUAACCAUAAGUGAUCAAGGUCAUCGGAAUACUUCAGAUGAGGGGGAAGCUUCCAAGGAAGACAGAGGACACAAAAGUAGAACUACUGCAGAAUUGCCGCCAACUGAGCCGCCACGUCACCAACCAUUCUUUCCAAACAGGGAUAUUAUCUUUAUAUUAGCAUCCGCAUUUUCUCUCUUCAUUGAUCCCUUGGUAUGCUAUAUUGUGGUCAUCGUCAAGGAAAACAAUUGCUUCAUUUGGGACCAAUCGUUGACGUGGAUAUUUUUUUCUUUACGAACAAUCGGGGAUCUCUUUUAUGGAAUGGACAUUGUUGUUUCUGUGAUGAUAUUUCGCUCCAAAACCAAACUUAGGGCGAAGUCUUCUGCAGGGGUCUCCUCGACAAAAACUACUGACGAUCAUCGUAUUUUCAAGCACAAGAGAUCAGUUAAAUUCUCAUUAGCCAUACUACUUCGCAUUUGGCUGGCUCUUCCCGUUAUACAGGUAAUAUUGAUCAGUCUAAAGUAUACACCCACUGAUGCUACAAUGAUUAUUUUACUAAUUCCAGUCCAAUAUACACUGAGGGCUUAUAACCUCUACGAAUGGCUUAAUCGGCGUGCUAACGUAGAGACUGGAAUAAGAAGAUUGCUUUCUGUUCUAUUAGACUUGCUUCCAUUCACCACUGCUUCUCAUCUUUAUGGAUCCAUGUGGUACAUUUUUGCUGUGAUUCGAGAGCUAGAAUGCUGGCGGGCGUACGUCUGUAAACAUGAAACAAUAUGUGACAUUGACAGAUUUUACUCUUACUUUUAUUGUGGUCGUUCUUCUCAGAAAAACAAUUUGAAGAAAAUCAAUGUCACUACCCCACGUGUACAAUGCUCGGUAGAGCUUCAAAAGACUACGUCAUCGUUCGCUUUUGAUUAUGGUAUAUAUCAGGCUGCUCUCCAAUCUAAUUUGGCAUCGUCAAGAGAUUAUCCAAGAAAGAUCUUUCACUGUUUUUGGUGGGGUCUCCGAAACCUGAGUUCUUUUGGUUCAAACCUUCAGACUAGUUUCUUCCUGCCCGAAAUCAUAUUUUCAGUUAUGAUCUCUAUAAGUGGCUUGGCACUAUUUUUAGUAUAUCUCAAUUCGAGGGUGAAUCAGGGAUUGGAAAAAAUAGCCGAGCAGAGCAGAUUGAGACAGAAGAUGAAAAUGACAUAUUCAGUCUUAAUAAAACAAACAAGAACCACGUGCCCUCUCCGCAUGAGUUCACUAAACAAAGUUCCAAUUCUUGGAAGUACAAAUGAAAAAGGGUUGAAAGCAAUAUCUGAGUAUCUAAAGUUGGAGAUUUAUACUAGGGAUAUGUCUAUUAUUCGAGAGGGUGAACCGUUGAGGAAGAUGCUGUUCAUCCGGCAAGGCACUGCUUUGACCUACACAACUAGUAAAGGUAAAACAAGGGUUUGCAAAUGCCUUGAGAAAAAUGAUUUUUAUGGAGAAGAACUUUUAAUUUGGGCAUUCAAAGUUGCCUCAUUUCCUGAGUUGCCUAUCUGCACUACAACCAUUGUGUCCCAAUCAAAAGUUGAAGCAUUUUCAAUCACGGCAAACCACUUGAAGUCUAUAAUCGCUGAAGUUUGGUGGCACUUUAAAAGGGAGCUUCCUCACUCUCAGGUGGAGUAUUUUGCGGCUUCUUCCAUACAAGUAGUCUGGCGCGCCCACCACGCAAAAAAAGCUAAGAGAUCAACUGGCUGGGACAAAUAAUUAGUAGAUUAGUAAGAGUAAAUUGGAGCAUUUCUUUGUUGUGUGUGUUUUGAGUUGGUAUUGCUUUUGUUUUGUGUGUGUAUUUUUAGUUGGUAUUGGUUUGGUUCCUCUUUAUGUUGCUUUACUCGGCCUGAAUCGGUUUCCCUUCAAUGCGGUGGUGUGUCUUUGGCUUGUGUUAUGGAAAUUGUAUAAUCUUUGACAUGCAUGAGAACGAUAUUCUGAAUUAAAAGCUCAAA